AUGAUCGUAGAUCGGCAAUUGCAUGAGGCAGUAUUACUCACAAAUGGAAAAGUUUUGGUUGCUGGAGGAUACCGGGGUAGUGGUGUUCUAAAUAUCACAGAAAUAUACGAUCCAGCAACAGAACAUUGGAGUGAGACAGGCAAAAUGAGUGAAGGACGUGGCUUACACACGCUGUGCAUGCUGACAAAUGGGAAAGCUUUGGCUAUUGGCGGUUUCGGUGAUAUUACCUUCGUGAACAAUACAGAAUUGUACGACCCAUUCACAGCGGUUUGGACAAAAACUGGUAAGAUGGUUACUCCACGGUUCCUUCACUCAUCAAUCUUACUAAAUAACGGUCAAGUCUUAGUUGUUGGUGGAUCGUCCACGACUGAUUAUUAUGCUAGCUCGCUGAACAGUGCAGAACUGUACAAUCCAUCAACGGGAGUGUGGAUAAACACUGGCAGCAUAAGUAUUGGACGAGCCAGGCCACCAAUAUCAAUGUUGGCCAAUGGAAAAGUCUUAAUUACUGGUGGAUUCCUUGCGGGAUCCGAUCGUAGAUAUUUAAAUAGUGCAGAAGUAUACGAUCCAUCAACAGGGGUAUGGACGAAGACUGGCAAUAUGAGCGUUUUACGAGGCUCACAUACAGCAACAAUGUUAACGAAUGGGAAAAUUUUAGUUGCUGGUGGAUACAAUUUCAAUGGCUUCUUAAGUAGUGCAGAACUAUACGAUCCCACAACGGGAGUUUGGACACUGACUGGUAGCUUGAGUGCAACACGAGGAUUUCACAGAGCAUGCAUGUUAGCGAAUGGUAAAGUUCUUGUUGUGGCAGGUGCCAAUGAAAAUGGUAUGGUUGGUAGUGCUGAACUGUACGAUCCAUUGACAGGACUUUGGACAAAAGCUGGAAAUAUGAGCACAGCACGAUACGACCACACAGCGACAACGCUACUAAAUGGAAAGGUCUUAGUUGCUGGUGGAUACAAUGAUUAUCAAUAUUACUUGAGUAGUGCAGAAUUAUAUGCAUGA